AUGUCCUGCGGCGAAGUUGCGCAGAACCUAACAGUUUCAACGCGAUCCUGCUAUAAAUACGGCAAGGUCGUAUACUCCGAAGAGGUGCGCUUGGGAGAGCAACGCAUCAAAAUCGUCGCCGAUUGUGCCACCUCCCCUCCCCUAAGAAACGACUCCACGGAGGUUUCAUCCAGUGCCGCCCCAUCAGCCCCUGUUGCCGUCGAACGUCCCUACGAUCCCAGCGACCCAGACCCCAACGAUAACGGCCCCGGCAGUCUCGGCUCCCGACCCGAGUCCCCGCCUAUCAGAGAUAGAUGA